GCUCUUAUUUUGACAGCGGGCAGCCUAAGUGGCUGGAGGAUCCUGUGUCUUCUCUGUACCGAGAGGAAAGGAACGUGGGGGGGAUUAAAGCUGCUCUGGGGGAUCGGGAAAGGAACCCAGGGGGCACAGAUUAAUAUAUCCUUUGCAGCCCAGCGGCCAAGUCUGAGACGGGGUUUGAGGAGCAGGCUGCUUAUAUGCCCUCAGACACCGGUAUUCCUGAGAAGGGGGCAGGAUGAGAGGGGAUGAUGCCUGGCUCGCCUCAGUGGCGACUGUUUUAUCUGCUCUGCCCCCAUCUGCCAGGCUUUGAGUGUGGAAGCCUAGCGACACUAUACAGCAGGCUGGAGAGAGCGAGAUAUGGGAGGCCGAGGAGGAGAAGCCUGAGGAAGGUUCUCUGAUUCCUUCCCCUGUCACCAUAUCUUGCUACGCUUAGUCCGAUGCACCCUGAAAGCAAAGUGGCCAAUCAUGGAAAUGUUUCCAGCAGUGGUGUAAAGUCACAGACUCCAAAUGUGAACCAGGGGACCAAAGGGGCUGGGCUUCUUAGCCCCAAAGCCAAUAAUGCCUCUCCAAGUGGAGUAGGUCUGAUAAGUGGACAGAAUCAGGGGUCCAACCAGGCUAAAGGGCAAAGAGAUCCAGCUGGAGAUGUGGGUGAGCAAGGAGAAACAGGCCCCGCCCCUCUGGAGCAACACCCCAAAGGAGAGUUGCCUUCCCGUAGUAAGCGUCGCUGUGUCUUGGAACGAAAGCAGCCAUAUAGCGGAGACGAGUGGUGUUCAGGAGCGGACAGCGAGGAGGAUGAAAAGACCCAUGCUGUCACCCGCAACUGCAGUGCAGGUGAAUCAGUUAUGUCUACACCAACAUUACCAGGCUCAGGAUCUGCUUCUCUUCCUGGGAUUAACGACACUAGUUCUUCUAGCACCUCCCAUGGAGUUGGCCCCAGCCUGCGUGGGGAUGGUGGAGGGUCCUUAGGUCCUUCCAAAACCCCUUCACAAUGUGUUUAUGUCUUCACAACAUUCUUGGCAAACAAAGCAGCAGAAGCUGUUUUACAAGGACGUACUGACUCUAUCCUGAUUUACCACAAGCAAAAUGUGCCCCGUAGAAAGCUGGAUGAGGUUUUAACCCAAAAACCUUCAAGUACCCAAGAUCCUGGAGAAACGCUUCCUGUACCAAGCCUUCCCACUUCUGCACUACAAAAAUCAACAGAAGACCCUUCACCUGCACCUGGUCAGGGUCCUGCAACAAUAGUAUCGCAGGAAAUCGGUACUGAUGAGACAAACCAAGAGUUAACUCCGCUAGGUAAUGGCAGCAGUCACCCUGCCAGUGGACACUCUGAUCCACCACCACCCCUGUCCCAACCACCCAGCACUCUCUUACCUGGGGAUAAUGCACAUUUGGGUGAUGCUAACCAGGGAGACAGUGUGACAUUAAGCACAGAAGGUCUCUCUAAAGAGCAGCUUGAGCAUAGGGAACGCUCUCUUCAGACGCUUAGAGACAUUGAAAGGUUGCUUCUCCGAAGUAGUGCAGCCAAUGAAUCCUUUCAAAAGCACACCUCAAGCACCGGUGAGGGACCUGCCAACACUCCAGGUCAUAUUAAGAAAUAUGAAGAGCCUUUGCAAUCGAUGAUAACACAGACACAGAGCUUGGGGGGUCCAGUAAUGGAACAAGAUCUGGCAGGCAACCAAACUGGGCCUGAUAUGGGGCACCAGAUGAGCCUCUUGAUGCAGAGGAUGGGUCAUGACAGUCUCACUCCAGAGCAAGCUGCAUGGAGGAAAUUGCAGGAAGAAUAUUAUGCAGAGAAAAGGAGAAAAGAGGAACACAUUGCUAUACAUGGAAGAUCGGGGCCUGAAAUUAUUCUUCGGGGACCACCUCCACCUUAUCACAGCAAACCUGGAGAGCAGUGGCCUGGUAAUCGUUUACAAGUACCCAUGGAGGGCCAAGAAUCAAUGCAGCUUCGGAGUGGGGGAAUGCCAUUUCAAGGUCCACGUUUCUCUGGCAGAUAUGGAGCCAUGCAAAAUAUUCCUUUGGAUGGAGUGGGAGUCAUGUCAAGACCAGCUCGCUGGGGUGAGGAUAUGCCACCCAUUGAUGGAGGGCAAAGUAACUUUGCACAAAUUGGUAUGGCAUACUCUGGAGGUAUCCAAGGGGAAAUGGAAAGGUUUCUUAACCCUCGUGCCCGUGAGGAACUGCUGCGACAACAGUUGAUAGAGAAGCGUCCAGGAGUUAUGCAAAGGCAACUAUCCAUGCCUUGUGGGCAGGGAAUUGAAAUGAUGAUAACCCACAGGCAAGGUGACCCUUCCAUGUUCCCUGGAGAAACCAUGGGAGCAGGUUCUGCUGUGGGCAUGGAAUUUGGGAUGUCUAGAGGAAUGCUGAGUCCUACCCUUGUUCAGUCAGGUACAGGGAGGGAAAUUGACCCUACAAUGGGAGGAGGAAAUCUUAAUAUGAACAUGAGUGUGAACAUGAAUAUGAACCUUAACCUCCAAAUGGCUCCACAGCAGCAAAUGCUUCUGCCCCAAAAAAUGAGGGGAGUGGGAGACUUAAUAAAUUCCCAGGGAGGUGUUGGUUCAGAGGAUUUGGUGCGGACAGCACGAGCACAAAAUGGAAGUGGCAUGGUUGGGGGACCCCAGAAGAUGAUUCCUGGCCAAUUUCCUCAAGGACAGGCAGGGUUUCCCCCAGGGCAAGGUUCAUAUCCUGGCAUGCAGCAGGAGAUCAGUAUGGACAUAUUUGGACCAGAUCAAGGGCCAGUGGUGGGCACUACAAGGCUUAGCCACAUACCAGUUUCCUCCACACCUGGUACCACUACUUCAGGUAUUGGGUUAGAUCACAUGGCUACCAGCAGGAACUUGGUCCGUAGAACUACAGAACUUACAGUAAAUGCAAACCAAAUGGAAUCUCCUGUUAUAAGCCACAUUAAAUCCCCACACCAAGGUCAGAUUCAUUCACCCAUUGUUUCUUCCCCUUCCUCUAACCUAAAGUCUCCCCUAACUCCAGGAAAUCAAAUGGGUGGCUUGCCUCUGUCCAACCCUCCAGAUUCUCUCAAGUCACCCCAGGUGUUGGGCUCAUCAAUUAGUGGACGCUCACCAAAUGCCUCUCCUGGAAGGCUAAAGUCACCACAGAUGAAUGCACCUUCUCCAGGGUGGGCUUCAUCUCCUAAAGCCACCAUAUCCAGCCCUGGUAUACCAUCAAGCAAGCAGGGAAUGGGCCUAAAUCCUACAGCAUCUCUUGGUGUUAUGGAUCAGGAUGGACUUACUUCUCAAAAUCCUUUGUCCUUAAUGAUGUCCCAGAUGUCCAAAUAUGCUAUGCCUAGCUCUACUCCACUGUAUCAUAAUGCCAUCAAAACCAUUGCCACCUCGGAUGACGAGCUUCUUCCCGACCGUGUACUCCUACCACCAGGAAAUCAACACGGCUCUACGAUGAAUCCUCCUAUAUCUUUGCACUUAAACUUGAACUCCUCACAAAGCCCCAUAGGGAGCAUAAAUAUUCCAGGACAGUCAACUCUUUCUCAUGAGCCACCAUCUCUUCUCGCUGCCCCUGGGCCUCCAAUGCAUCCAUCAAUUGGACCCUCCAUGCAGAACCCUUUAUUAAUUUCCUCAGUAACACAAGAUCCUUGUUGCCCUGGUCCUGGCACACAAAUGAUGUCCUCCAACCAGCUGGUCUUCCCAUCACGCUUGCAGCCUGGGCACCAAGGAGGGGGAGGCAGCUCCAUGCAACACCAUUACACAGAUGACACAACUUCCCAGGCACGUUUACCCCACAGGAUGUCAGAUCCUUAUGGCCAUGUUCUGCCUUCAGUGCUUACUGACCCAGAGUUGGGAGAGGUCAUUCGACCAUCAGCCACUGGCAUCCCAGAAUUUGACUUGUCAAGAAUCAUGCCCUCAGAGAAACCCAGCAGCACUUUGCAGUACUUUCCUAAGGGGGGUACACAGACACCAAAACCACAUCCAACGAACAUGCACCUUCUGGGACUUCAGAAUAUGAUGACUGAACAACACCCAGGCCGUUUAGGACCAAGUCUUCCAGGCCCACAGCGAUCAAUUGGAAUGCCCUCACUUCCCACCAUGGGCAGGACAGGGAUGGUGCCUCCACCACAGAUGGUGCAACAGAACUUUAUGAUGAUGAAACAGAGGAGUGUAUCAGGGGAGAUGUACCCACAGGGUGCUCCAAUGUUAUCUCCCCAAGGCCCUCUUGGUGGGCACUUGCCUGGACAGCAAAGCAUGUUGGUUGGACACCAAAUGAGGCAGCGCAGUGUCUCCUUGGAUACCUAUAUCGCAGGGCCUGGGCACCUACCAUUCUAACAGCAGAGAAUUGCCAACACCAACUCCCUCUGGUAGCUCAUCAGUGCCAACUUCCCUUGCCAGCUUCUCUCCUAAGUGCCAACUUAUUUUUUCUCAACUUUCUUGCUAAUAUUUAAUUUACUACAUCCUUCUGUACUAAAAGAUAAAGUAAUUAUUUCUCAUUUUCCUACCCUUUCCAAUUCCACAUCUUUGCUGGAUAUCAAUGAACUUUCCUACUAUCCUAAUCUUAAAUUAGAAAGUUCGAUUGCUUUGGUCAACCAAGAGUGACAUUGAAGUUACGCAAAUGUCUUUUCCUAAUUCUAGGUUUUCUUUAGCCCGCUAUCUGUGACUUGUUUUUAUUGCUGCUUUUUGUACCAGUCAUUUUACUGUUAUGCUCCUUUUUACAGUUUUUUUUUUUUUGCACCAUUACUCAUUUUAUUUUUUAUUGGCAUGUUCCGUUAGUGUUUGUUUUCUUUUUUUUCUGUUAGAAUUUUCUAAAUUUGUUUUAUAUUAUAAUUAUAAGGAAUUGCUGGCACAAACAAGCCAGGCCUGUCUUUGGUGCUGGUGGGUGAAGGGGUUUAUUAGAACAUGUCACCACCUUAGGCUGCCCCUCCAUUCUUUGCUGAUAGAUACACUCGGCGUGCAUUACAAGUAUUUACAGAAGCAGUGGGGCAACCCCCUCUUAUCUUUUUAUUUCAUUGCACCCUAGGCACUGACCCAUGGGUUCCAAUAUAGAAACUACAUCCUUGCAUAGGGCUAGGAGCAAAGCAUACUUUAUUGGGGCCUCAUAAUUAUAUGAAGUAUGACUUCCAAUAUGAGUUCCGUAAGCAAUUAUUGUACAACUUGCAGCUUCCCCAAGGGCCUGACUGUUAUAAAGUAUCAUUGUUGCAAUUUUGUUCUAGAGUCUAUUAUCUCUGCAACUAUGAGAACUGAGGCACUAACUGCACAGUCAGGAAGUAAAUUUAUGGAAUAAAGCUGUUCCUCUAAAGGCCCCAAUAAAUGCAAUGUCAGGGCAGUUGCCCUUGCUUCACAACCCCUAAAGACAACUCUGCCAUGAUCAGCUGUGGCCAAAGACAAAAAGGACAUAAUUUUAUUUUAACUGUAAAUGAAAAUUCAUAGUAUUUCACCCUUUUAUGUACCUUGGUUCUUAUGUCUGUCCAUUCAGAUUUCUACCCUACGCUUUCCUUCUGCAUCACUCAGUCUCAAAUAUUACAAUUGGUUUGCCUUUAUCCAUACUAAACUACUGGCAGGGAGUGUGUCAUUUCGUCUUGAAUGCGUUGGGAGAUGGGUGCCAUGUCUUAUCUCUGCUCAGCAAUGUCUCAUCAUCUGUAUAUCUUUGUGAGUGUGGCAUUUUUUUCUUUACUUUUUUUAAUUAAAGCAGUCAAAAUGUGCAACACGUUUUGAUGUAAAUAAAACAAAUGUAAAUAUAAGAGGUGAAAUCUG